AAGUCAGAAGCCGAGUCCGCCCGAGGAUCCCCGAGGCUGCGCGCGGCUUCCGGGCGUUUCCUCCUCGCUCCCGCCCGGGCUGAGCCCGCCGCGGCCGCCGGCCGGAAGGGCUGGCGGGCUCCGGGCCGACGGAAGCCGGACUCGGCCCGGGCGCGGCCCGGCCGCCCGAGCCUGACGCCGUCGGCGACGGGAGCCGAGCCUCCCCGAGGCCGAGCCGAACUCUGCCGAGCGCUGCCGAACCGCGUCUUCCGGGCCCUCGGCUCCCGCUGCGCCGGCCCGGAAGCGCCCGAGCGCGGCCGGCCGGACGAGUCGGGCCUCGGCCCCGGGCGGACGUCGGCUCGGAGCGCCGCGGGAGGAGCGAAGAUGGCGGGAGGGCGCGGCCGAGAGGCUGCCGGGAGCGCGGGCGGCGCGGCGGCAAGAUGGCGCCCGCGGGCCCAGGGAGAGGCUCCUUGGACGUGGUAUCCUGCUACAGAUCUCCCAUCAGUUCCUCUCCAAAUGCUGUUCCAUCUCAGCGCACUGUACAAUGCCCUGUAUUUCCUCACCACACUGCUGAUGAUCCUGUCUAAGAGUCAGGUUUUCAGCUAUCCCUGGAACUGCCUGGUCCUCGAUCUGACUCUGUUACUUCUGAUGGGAAUUCUGGAGGGAGCCCGGCUAUACCUGGGCACAAAGGGCAACCUGAUGCAGGCGGAGGUGCUGCUGGCCACCAGCUUGGCCCUCACGGCAGGAGGCAGCGUCCUCUCUGUCCACUUCAUGCUCUGGCAGACCCUGGUGCUAUGGGCAGACUCGGUCCUCAGCACUACUCUCCUGGCCCUGAACGGCCUGGAAGCCGCCUUGCAGCUGGUGGCCGUCGCGGCUUUCAUCAGGUAGAUGUGCCAGAACGGCCCUUCCAUAGCCCCCUGGGCAGAGCCAGCAUCCUUCCUACCGACCGUAAAUGGUUUUGAUUUUUUUUAAUGUCAGAAGUGAGGUCUGAACUCGGGGCCUGGCGCUCCACCCCAUGAGCCAGACCUCCACAUCUGGCUUUGUAGAUUGUUUGGGAUGGCUUACAAAUCUUCGUAGGUGGGGUAGCCAUCUAAGUCCAGGGAAAAACAAACUGCUGAGACGGAAGCGUUGACCACAGCCACUGUGAGGGGUGCAGGGGUGCUAAUUGUGGGGAAGGGCAAGCUCAGGUGUGCCCACGCAGGCCCUAUGACUGGAGGCCUGCCUGCAGUGGUGCCCUGCUGCCCCCAGGGUCUAGCAGGAGGCAGCGACCUUCACAGAGGUGUCUGCCAAAAGGGUACAGCUCCACCCUGUCACCACCACAGAGAAACAGCGCCCUAGCGCUUCCACAGCCAGCUCCCCAGGGAAACCCUGGCUGCCAGACACCAUGUGUUUUUCUCACACAGAAGUUCUUGGCACCCCAAGUUUCCA